ACUUUCUUCGCUCUGUCCUUUCCCAUUCCUUUUGACAAAACUACAGGGACCCUUGUUCUCGCGGAUCCUUCUUGCCAGCUGCUCUAGUCAUUCACCGUUUCUUGUUUCAUUAUGAAUCCCGAAUACGACUACCUGUUCAAGCUUCUGCUCAUCGGAGAUUCCGGUGUCGGAAAGUCUUGCUUGUUGCUGCGUUUUGCUGAUGAUACAUACACGGAGAGCUACAUCUCCACCAUUGGUGUGGACUUCAAAAUUCGGACCAUUGAACUGGAUGGCAAGACCGUGAAGCUUCAGAUUUGGGAUACCGCCGGUCAGGAGCGUUUCCGUACCAUCACGUCUUCUUACUACCGUGGCGCCCAUGGCAUCUGUGUCGUCUAUGAUGUUACGGAUAUGGACUCGUUCAACAACGUGAAGCAGUGGCUUCAGGAAAUCGACCGUUACGCUACCGAGGGCGUCAACAAGCUACUUGUUGGCAACAAGAGCGAUAUGGAGGACAAGAAGGUUGUGGAGUACACAGUAGCGAAGGAAUUCGCCGACAGCCUUGGGAUCCCUUUUCUGGAAACGUCCGCUAAGAACGCCUCGAACGUUGAGCAGGCUUUCUUGACCAUGGCACGGCAAAUCAAGGAGCGCAUGGGAACCGCCACUGUCAACAACAAGCCCACCGUGCAAGUCGGCCAGGGCCAGGGAGUCCAGUCUGGCUCUGCAGGUGGCUGCUGCUAAAUCCAUUUACAACUGCCACAAUAAUUAUGCGAUGCCUCCGCUGGACACUGAACACUUAUAUCGUGAAGGAGGUUUCCUAAUCGGCGUGAUUCCAAUCAGGGGUGCUCUGACCCCUUCAGAUUGUCUUCAGAUUGUCUCUUUUUGAAAUCUCAGCGCAGCCGAGAUCUCACGUCGAAGCCUAAUUAUUUCUGAUGGUUUUAUGGUUGAAAUCACUGCUGGGGCUUGUUUUCUAUCUGUUCACCAUGCUUAGAUGGCCUGCACUUUGUUCCGUAU